AUGACAAAUGCAAUCAAAAUCGGAGAGGAUCUGAUCGCACGUUUGUACGACAACCCGGAACCAGAUCCAAUGCUUCAAGCACCGGCUCUGGAGCAACAGACUGUUGAUGUGCAGAAUACGGGUGCCAAUAAAGGGAAACGAGUGAUGACCGAACACGGAAUACUAUCUCGUGAAGUUGUUACCGGCUACACAUCAAACUUUAACUGCAAACACACCACAGUUUGCCUACCCCCCGUGUCAUUGUCCGGUAAUCCCCCAAUAUUGCUUCACACCCUAGCUGUUGGCGCUGAACCAAGAGUAGAGCCAGCGUUGCACGAAAGGGAUGCGCCUCCAUAUUUCGAUGACCCAAUUAUCGGAGCGGAUGAAAUAGCGAGAGGGUUGGGUGAUGCACAGUACGAGGGAGAUGACAUUUUCGUUGGAAGAAUCUUUAAGACGAAAGAAGAGUGCAAGUUGAAACUCGCGCUGCAUGCAAUAAAUCGAAGGUUUCAUUUCAAGAACGUCAAUUCACAACCUGAGACCGUCAUUGUUUGUUGCGUUGGCCAGACAUGUCCUUGGAGGAUUUAUGCCACACAGAUAAAAGACAGCUUACGCUUUGAAGUCAAAACUGUGAUCGGGAAUCACACCUGCAGCGUCGACGCCCGAAGUGAUUUCCACCGAGUAGCUUCAACGGAUGUUAUUGGAAAGAUGGUUCGCGAAAGAUAUGGGUUGAACAUAAAGGGGCCAAUGGCGUGUGAUCUUUGCCGUCUGCUUCGACAAGAGUACAGCUUGCACGUCAGCUAUUGGAAGGCGUGGAGAGCAAGAGAGAUCGCAUUGGACAACGCCUUAGGCGGUGCUGCAGCAAGCUUUGCGUUGGUGACCCCCUACUUUGAAAAACUACUAACGACAAACCCUAAUUCUGUUGUUGCUUUGGAGACAGAAACCUCAGCCUCAGGGGUUGUCCGUUUCAAGUAUCUAUUUUACUCGUUAGAUGCGUGCGCUCAGGGAUAUAGGUACAUGAGGAAGGUUAUUGUCAUUGAUGCUACACACUUAAGCGGACGAUAUAGUGGGUGUCUCAUGGCGGCAAGUGCUCAAGACGGUAACUUCCAAGUCUUCCCUCUCGGCUUUGGGAUCGUGAACAGUGAAAACGACGACUCUUGGGAAUGGUUCCUAAGAAAGCUGACCGCAAUAGUGCCAGACGAACAUGACCUUGUCUUCGUCUCAGAUCGGCAUGCUUCCAUAUAUGCAAGCAUUCGUAAGGUGUACCCGAUGUCUUCACAUGGAGCAUGCAUUGUUCACUUACAACGAAAUGUAGUUACUAAUUUCAAAUCGGAGCACCUGAGUCAUCUUACUUCUGUAGCUGGAAGGGCGUAUCGUUUUAGCGAUUUCGAGAAGGCAUUUAUGGAAAUUAAAGCGAUCGACGAGAGGUGUGCAGACUAUUUACAGAGGAUUGGUUUUGAGCAUUGGACGAGAUCGCAUUUCGUAGGGGAACGCUAUAAUGUGAUGACGAGCAACAUAUCUGAAUCUUUGAACAAGGUCAUGACAAUGGUAAGAGAGUACCCCAUCAUUUCUAUACUGGAAACUAUAAGAACGACACUUGUAUCUUGGUUUGCGAUAAGAAGGGAUUCUGCAAACACUGAGACUGACGUCGUGAAUCCCAAGAUUCAAGAGAUGCUGAUUGAAUGUUUUCAGAAGUCUUCAAGAUAUUUCGUCAUGAAAAUAGAAAAUGGACUAUACGAGGUGCGUGACGAGAUGGAUACAGCUUUUGCAGUAUCCUUGUGGGAACAGAGUUGUAGUUGCAGGGAAUUCCAACUUCUACACAUACCAUGUUGCCAUGCCAUAGCUGCGGCAAUAAAAGAGGGAGUCCGUGUCGAUAGCUUGGUCGAUAUACACUACUCCACUCAGUAUCGCAGGUUGGCAUAUGGUAAGGUUAUAAUGCCAGUCCCUGAUAUGGAUCAUUUGGCUCCACGACCGGAAGAUGUCGGUGGAGGAAAACUUGCACCUCCAGCGGGGGAAUAG